AUGACGAUAUGCGCUAGAGUAUCAGUGCGCUUGCGCAAGAGCGAAAAAGUAGAAGAAGACGAAAAAACGAAAAAGACGAAAAGACGAAAAGACGAAAAAGAUGAAAAGACGGAAAAACAAAAAAAAACGAAAAGACGAAAGACGAAAAGAAAAGAAGCAAGACGAAAAGACGAAAGAGAGAAAAGACGCAAGACGGAGAAGAAGGAAGACGACAAAAAAAAGGGGGAAGACAUUAAGAAUCCGAGAGACACGAGUGUGCAACUACAAGGUGGCGUAGCAAUACCAGAAAUACAUUGGCAAGACUGUGAAUGCGUCGGUAACGCCAACAUCGAGAAGACAGUGACAAUACAACGCGAGUGA